AUGUCGCAGAAUGCUUUGCCAGACGGCUUCAGCCUCCAGUCCUUCACGGAAGUCGAGGUUGGGAAGCUGCCCAGCAUGUCUGGGCCUUGGGUGCUGAGAGGUGCCGCUGCUGUGGCUGUGGACAAGUGGUCUACGAAUGCCAUCGUUACCAAGACAACGCAAGCCUACGCAGUGAAGUAUAAGGCCUUCCCCGACUACCUCAACCGUGGCAGAGUCUCGGCUGCUUUCGAGGCCAAGCAUGGGCACGAGAACACGGUCGACAUGUUCUCCGGCAUGGUCCCCCACGUGAAGAACAUGGAAGCCUUCCCUGCGAGCCAAACCUUUCAGAACACAACCUGGCUCGCAGGAUACUCCCCCGAGAUGCGGUUCGUUGGUUUGCAAGCCAAUGGCGCUUUGACAUUGAAAACCAUGGCAAUGGGUCAGGUCCUACAUGUGUGUCUCUCCUGCACGGAUGCGGUCAAGGGGCUCAUGGAGCUUGGCAUCCUGAAACCUGAUUCAAAGUUUGCCGAUGUCGAUGGCUUUUGCAGCCUGCUGGAGGACUUGGACAUGGAUGCCUUCGUGAAGAUGCAUAAGGCCGGCGUCAAGCUGUACAUGCACAAGGCCAUCCCCGGAGAGGUCAUCGGCAUUCCAAUGGGAUGGUUUUGCUUCGAGCUUGCUGUUGACGGUGCCGUGCUUGUUGCUGCCCGUCAAGGCUUCUUCAUUGUCGACACGUCGGAGGAGGACCUGCAGCAGUACAAGUCCAUGCGAGACAUCUUGAUCAUGUGUGGCAAGGCCGGCGACAAGUACAACCAGAUCAUUGACAUGCUUUCUCAGAAUGGAGGUGACGGCAACGGUCAGUGA